GUGAGGAUCCGAACAGAUGCUAUUUCUGACGAAUCCAAUACGCAUACACAAUUUGGCUUGUCCCCUCACUCGUCUCCAAAAGAAGUACAGUAUCACUAUUACUCCCCUCACUCAGUCUUCGAAAUAAAUUAUCGCUGUCUUCUGGACCCUUUCUUGCCCCAUACAUUCGGCUGUUGUUGGGGCGGGGACAACUAUUGUAAUUCUAUGUCAUGUUGGAAAUCGGAGCACGUGCUUUCUUUCCUGCUGUUUCUUCCGCGUACCACAUGGGCGCAGCUGUUUCUGCGCAGCGUUCGGCUCAGAGUUUCCGAAAGUUUCUGGUCCAGGUGAAGAUGGUCUCUACAGCACGGCAUCCUGUGAGCUUGAUCCUGCCAAGGCGUCGCUUUGAAGCUUCGGGAUGGACACCUUGCAGGUUUGCCUCAGAUGAAUUUUGCGGGAGCCCAAAGACAAAGGAGGAGACGCCCGUCACGACAGUGCGCUCCUGCCCUGCAAGCACUUGCAGGCGUCGAUUGCUGGAUGACUUUGGAUGCGCACCUUGCCAGCUGGGACUUAGAGUCAGACCUGCUGGGAUACUUCCUCAGCCGCUUCGACACGGACACCGUCACCCGGUUAUGCCAAGGCCUGUCGUGAACUGGAGAAAUGUGCCAGUCACAGUCGAGGCGGGGCACGGUACAGUGGAGGAGAGUGACGAAAGUGAAGAAAAGACCACAGAUGGCAAAGUGGACUCAGCACUGGACAGGGUCAAUGCGCUUAUGCUCCUGGUGUCAGCGUCCGUCAAUGAGGGCCGAUGUCCAGAAGCACACUGGGCAGAACUCAAUGCUGACCUCACUCAUGCGAAGGAGAAGUUAUCUCGCAUUCAGAGUCUCGUGCAAAAGCGCGCAGGAAAGCUCCCUCUUGGAGCACCUGAACGGCAUUUUUGCCGAGAGGUCCGUCGUAUUUGUGUCUCGCGGCGUAUUUGUGAGCCAAGGCGCUGAGUGUUGAAUGCGUAGGACUACGCGGGCAAACAGAAAAAUGCCCUAGGGAAGCGUUGCCAUCGAAGGCUGCA